UAUUAUUAUUAUUUUUGGCGCACAGAUAGCCAUAGGCGCAACACAUUCCAUAAUUUGGUGUAUCCCUUCCCUCUGAAAUCCGAAUUGCUUACGGCCUCGGUUACUGCUUUUGGGGCAGUUAUUGCCCUCGGAUCAACCACCGUCGUGGCAUACAUUCCCGAGGUUUGGCCGUUUUGUUUUCCUGAACGAGCUUCCAGGCCUCGGGGGAUCCAAUUGAGAGGUGUUCGAUCAUCAAUAUUCGGUCGGUUAUUGGUGAUUGGCCGCUGGGAUGUCGGGGCACUUGGACAGAUUCGCGAGGCCUUGCUUUGAGGGAUUAUCUGGUAAUGAUGAGAAGAAGGAACGGAAGUCUGAUGUUGAGAAUUCGGAGGAUGAAAGAAAGACAAGGAUAAGUUCUCUAAAGAAGAAAGCGUUGAACGCAUCUUCAAAGUUCAAACAUUCUCUCAAGAGAAAGAGCAGUAGAAGAAAAAGUGAGUGCCGACAAGCGAGUUCAGUUUCAAUUGAAGAUGUCAGGGACGCUGAGGAACUCCAAGCUGUCGAGUCAUUUAGACAAGCCUUGAUUUUGGAAGAGCUGUUGCCAGAAAAGUUUGAUGAUUACCAUAUGAUGUUAAGGUUUCUAAAAGCAAGGAAAUUCGACAUUGAAAAGUCAAAGUGCAUGUGGGCUGAUAUGAUUCAGUGGAGAAAAGAAUUUGGUGCUGACACAAUUCUGGAGGAAUUUGAAUUUGAAGAGUUGGAUGAAGUUUUGAAGUAUUGUCCCCAUGGCUAUCAUGGAGUUGAUAAGGAAGGAAGGCCUGUAUACAUUGAGAGACUAGGGAAAAUUGACACUAACAAACUUAUGAAGAUAACGACUAUGGAUCGCUACAUAAAAUACCAUGUAAAAGAAUUUGAGGAGGCUUUUGCUGUUAAGUUUCCAGCUUGUACCAUUGCUGCAAAAAGGCACAUUGAUUCAAAUACAACAAUCUUGGAUGUUAAUGGUGUGGGCAUGAAAAAUUUUACCAAGAAUGCACGAGACCUUCUUAUUCGACUCCAGAAGAUUGAUAGCGAUAAUUAUCCUGAAACACUCCAUCAAAUGUUUAUAAUUAAUGCGGGCCCAGGUUUUAGGCUACUGUGGAAUAGCGUAAAGGGUUUUCUAGAUCCCAAGACAACUUCCAAGAUUCAUGUUCUUGGAAAUAAAUUCCAGAACAAGUUGCUUGAAGUUAUUGAUGCCAGUGAAUUGCCAGAGUUUUUAGGGGGGACAUGUACCUGUGUCGGUCAAGGUGGUUGUCUUCGCUCUGAUAAAGGACCUUGGAAGAAUCCAGAGAUAAUGAAGAUGGUACUAAAUGGUGAAGCAAGACGUGCUACACAGAUUGUUAAAAUUAUCAGCAGUGAUGGGAAGGUUGCAUAUGCAAAGCCUGAUUACUCCAUGGUAAAAGGCAGUGAUACAUCUACAGCGGAGUCUGGUUCUGAAGCUGAAGAUAUUACUUCACCGAAAGCUUCUAAAACUUACUCAAACCUUCAUUUGACACCGGUUCAUGAGGAGGCUAAGGCUAUGGGACCUGCUCGCAGUGCUGGCAACAUUUCAGGAUUUGAUGAAUUUAUUCCGGUAGUUGACAAGGCUAUUGAUCCUGGAGAUGUAUUUCAGUCACCUGAUUCUUGCAAGGUGCCCGGAGGACGCGGCCAACUUUUACCAACUCUUAUCGCCUUCUUCAUGGCCUUUAUCUUGGCUUUACGAUCGACCAUAUUGUACCUUACAAAGAAACUUCAUAGCGCACCAUCGCAGCAUGUGCAAACAAAUAUCAACUCUGCCUUUGAUCCAAAUUCCAAAGAUGUUAGACUGCCCUCAUCCAGAUCAUCUUUUACCGAAUCAGAAUUCCGGACUUCCGUGCUGCAGAGGUUAGGCGAGCUCGAAGACAAGGUCUAUACUCUUCAGGCUAAGUCCUCGGAAAUGCCCCAUGAGAAAGAAGAGCUGCUCAAUGCUGCAGUUUACCGAGUGGAUGCCCUAGAAGCAGAGUUGAUUGCCACCAAGAAGGCUCUGCACGAGGCCUUGAUGAGGCAAGAGGAACUUCAUGCUUAUAUUGAUAGUCGAAGAGAAGCUAAGUUUCAUAAGAAGAAAUUUUGCUGUUAGCGGCACAUGCGGAAAAUGUUGCUGCCUGCUUCUAUACGGGUUCCUCAUUUUAUUCAAGAAAGCGUCUGGACAUCAAUUCUGCCGGUUCGAGGGUGCUUGCAAAUUCAGGGAUAUCAAUUCUAAUUCCAAAUUCCCAAUUGAAGCAUGGGUUGUGGCUGGAUCAAUUGGAGCAAAUGGAUUAUCAAUUGAAUGGGUAUUUUCAUCCAUUGACUCAAUGUUGGAGGCAUCAAGGGCAAUUGGAGCACAAUCAGAGGGCUGAUCGUAGGCUCACGGCGGCGGGGCUGGACAUCCACGGCGGCUGCAUCACUGAACGCGGCUUGAUUGUUACACAGAGGGGUGACUUCCAUCGUUAAAUCGGCAAUUUGAUGAUGCAUCUCCGCAAUAGCGUGGGCGUUGGCUGGAGGGGGACGUCACGAGGACAUCGUUCAAGAGCAUCGUCUGACUCUGAUACCAACUGAUGUAAUGAAAAUCAAGAGCAAAACAAUAGAGAAAUUUAGUUCUUUAUUCAAUUCUUUUGUAGCCGUAAGAAUGGAGAACAU